AUGAAUAGUUUUAAAAACUAAGAUGAAGAGGAUAACUCAUUAACAUCUAGUGAAACUAGCUCCGAUGAUGAGGAUGGACUUAAGGCGAAGAAAAUUGAUGCUGAGUCAUUAACAAGAAGUUAUCAAGAUCAAGUUUAGACGAAAAGCCCAUUUGAUAAGAUUAAGAUCAGAAAAUACAAGACUAAGCCUAAGCCAAAUGUGAAAGGCCCCUGCUAGCCAGGGAAAAAGUGGAAUAAAUACUUAACUUUUUGUCUUUACUAUAGAAAAGAGUUGCAGAAACAAUAUCCUACCUACAAUGGAGUUGAACUCACCAAAAUGAUGGGAGAGAAAUGGAGAGGCAUGAGCUAAGAGGAAAAGUAAUAAUGGCAAGGAUAAACAGAUAUGUUGAAUAAGAAUGAUUUGUAGAAUCAUUACUUUGCCUAAUAAGGAAUUUUAAACAAAAAUGGCUUAUCUUUGGUAGAGUAUGAUGAGCAUGUUAAAAGUAUUUCAGUUAAAGAUGAUUUAUUAAUUGAAAAUUCUGAUCCAGAGUUUAUUGGUGAAAAAAAGCAUAAGACUUAGCUUGCCUAUGAGGAAAUGAUGAGAAAGUAAAACCAGUAUUCAGGAUUAUAACAGAGCUAUGAAAGUAAUAUUGGCUAAGGAAACAAUGGUAGUGGUAAACUGCUGACCUUUCCAUUGAUUGGAUCAUAAAAUUACCCAUAGUUCAGAAACUCGAAUACUGAUUAGGUAAUUUUUCAGCAGAGCUAAUAUGUAAGAUGA